AUGACCUUCAACGCGGUUAACGACGACGACGGCUACUUUAACGAUCUCUCCAGGCAGCCGCAAUUGGAAUCGCAAGAUUCGUUCAGUCCUCACGACCAGAAUGGCACCGAUGCUACUGGAGAAGAAAACGGAACGGCGAAGCUAAAGCGUAUUGCGUGCGUGAUAUGCAGAAAGAGGAAGCUGAAGUGUGAUGGGAACAAGCCAAAAUGCGCGACAUGCGCCAGACUUGGACAUAGUUGUGCAUAUGAUGAAGUACGGCGAAAGAGUGGACCGAAGAGAGGAUAUGUCAAAGAUUUGGAAGCACGUUUAGCGCAAGUCGAGGGCAAGCUGAAGAAUCAAGAUAAUAAAAAAUCUAAGAACACGAGUGAACCUGAGCAACAUGGAGUCCCGGAAACUGUCUUCGAGAUCGGAGAGUCUAUGGGUAUGCAAGCAGGAAUGCAGCAAUCGAUGCCCAGUGUAUCUUACGAUUCCAUGCCCACCAACGACCCCAUCAUGCUACCUAUGACGAAUUUGGCUUCAGAGAUGAUGCCAGACUCAGAGUUUGUGCCACAGAUAGAUCUCAACCUCGAUCAGAACUUUUCUUGGGAGAUGAUAGGUCUUGGUCUGGAAGAACCAAUGCCCACGCAGGAAGCAGUCGAUGAAUUAACACAGGUCUUUUUCGAUAAGAUACAUACCUCUUUACCGAUGAUUCACAAAUACCGGUAUUAUACUUCCAUGAAUCUAGCUCCUGACAGGCGCCCACCAAUCUGCCUACGAUACAUAAUGUGGUGUCACGCAGCCUCCAUUACAGACAAAUACAUGCACCACCAGGAUAUAUUCUACAGACGGGCACGAAAGUACAUCGAGCUUGAUGAGAUGAAAGGCCAAGGCGAAGCGUUCGUAUCCCUUGCACACGCACAGACCUGGACCCUCAUUUGCGCGUACGAAUUCAAGAUGAUGUACUUCCCAAGAGCUUGGAUGAGUGUCGGUCGCGCGGCACGAAUGGCUCUCAUGAUGGGCUUGAAUCGAGUAGACGGUGUCGGCUUGGACGUGAAGCAAUGUCUCCCGCCGCCAAGAGAUUGGACAGAACGUGAGGAGCGGAGAAGGACGUUUUGGAUGGCUUACUGUGUAGAUCGGUACGCUAGUAUCGGCACAGGCUGGCCAAUGGCGAUUGAUGAAAGAGAUAUCAUGACCUGCCUCCCAGUCAGCGAGGAGGCUUAUGAAAGCAGUACAGCCCAGAAAGCGCCAACAUUAGAGGAAGCCAUGAGACCUCAACAAGCAUCCCAGCUUUCAUCUUUAGCCGGACUCGUGCUCGUCACCCACUUUUUUGGACUCAAUCUCACCCAUCUUCACCGCCCGGAACCCAACCAACAAGAACACGACAUGAAUGGACCAUUCUGGAAGCGGCAUCGCACUAUGGAUAACGAUCUGCUGAAAACGGCUCUCCAGCUUCCUUCGUAUCUCCGGCUGCCCUCGGGUAUAAGAAAUCCCAACAUUGUAUUCCUGAAUUUCGCCCUCCACACUUCCACAAUAUGCCUCCACCAAGCAGCGAUAUUCAAAGCAGAGAAGAACCAACUACCAGACAACAUAACUGAGCAGAGCAGAACUCGGUGCAUUUUGGCAGCAGCGGAAAUAGCCGGGGUGAUGCGUUUGACCAGUCAUAUAGAUGUUGCAGGCAUGAACCCUUUCAUGGCUUUCUGCCUCUAUGUUGCCGCUCGUGUCUUUGUUCAGUAUCUCAAGAAGAUGCCCAAUGACCAGGAAGUUCGACAGUCCCUGGAAUUCCUCCUAGCCGCCAUGCGAGCGAUACAGAGGAAGAACCCCCUUUCAGAAUCAUUCUUGGUCCAAUUGAACAUGGAUAUCGAGGGGAGCGGUCUAGACAUCUUUUUGCACAAUCCGGACUACACGUCACGAUAUGUGGAAGGAAUGGACUCGAGCAAUCUGCCGGCCGAUUACGCCGGCAGCAAGACUCACUGCUCCCCUGUCUUCCACAUCUCAGAAAAAUCUGAAGAUGGCCCGUCUCCCGGCGAUAAUCGAUCCUCUGAAGACACACGAUUGCCAAAAGACGACGCCAAGAAAGAAAGCCCAAGAGUCCGCACAGAAGAUUCUCGCCAGCGAACAUAUGCCUACCGCAAAGUCGACGUCAUUUCCCGAAUGCAUGGCACACCUCGACCCUUCUUUCCGGAAAAUGUGCAAUCCCAUUCCUAUCGGCCUCCAGGUGAAGUUCAAAACAAGCCCGACGCCCACUCUCAACGAUAUGAGAAAAUCUUUCCAAGCGACGACUGGAAUCAAGGCAACAUCGCUACGGUGGCGGGCCGUAACUCAUUUACGGAUAACGACAAGAUCAACGCCACUAAUGCGAACAAUCGGCACUUGGAUACCGAAAUGGCCGACCAGUCCGCCAAUUCCCGGGGUCCAACGCCGCAGUCGAACAGCAGUUAUAAUCACUCGUCAUCAAAUACAUCAUACUCCCCAUCGCAGGGACAUGAGGAUGACCAAACUACGUCCAGUACUGGCGGAGGAGGUAAUUACAUGAUGGGAUUCGCACCUCCCACUCAUAGUACCAUCUUUACUGGAGAGGGUGUCAAACACGCAAUGAGCCCGCCAGCACAACAGCAAGAAGAUCCUUUUAAGAUUCCAGCGGGCUGGGACAUGGGGACGGGGAUGACGCCCGGCUCGGGAAUGACUCCUGGAAGUUUGACGGGCAUGACGUCGGACGGUGGUUGGGAGAAGCUUAUGGAUAGUAUGGGGUGGGAGACGGGGAGGACUGGGUGA